AUGGUGUCUGCCAUUGAUGCUGUGCGCAAUUACACCGGCUCAUUCGCAUGGGGUCCUCUAGUUCAGCUCUCGCGUUCAACGAUACUGAAUCUGUUGAAGAGUAUCGAAGUCGGUCAGCUCACCGUGCGCGACACAGAUGGCACCACGACCAUUUGCGGAAAGGUACCGAAAGAUGGCGAGAAUGCACCAGUGUCCAGCCUGAGAGUCCUGCGAGAAACAUUUUGGCUAAGGCUCGCUCUCUUUGCGGACAUGGGUCUUGCGGAGAGCUAUAUGCUCGGAGAGGUUGCUUGUUCGGAUCUCACCUCGUUCUUCCGACUCUUCAUCCUGAAUCGAGAGCAUCUGUCCAAUGGUUCAACCCUCACGUCCACGAUCUCCUCCGCAAUCAGCGGCUUGCUGCGUAAAGCCAACACGCUGCCGAAUGCCCUGCUAAACAUCAGCGCGCACUACGACAUCAGUAAUGAGAUGUUCGGCGCGUUCCUCUCUCCAGACAUGACCUACUCGUGCCCAAUAUGGCGACCGAGAUCGCAGGCGAUCGCAGGCAAAGACAAUGAAGAACCGCUGGAAGAGGCGCAAUACCGUAAAUUGGAUCGCUUUAUAGACAAUGCCAAGAUCAAGGCCAGCGAUCAUGUCCUCGAAAUCGGUACCGGAUGGGGCAGCUUCGCCAUUCGAGCCGUGCAGCGGACGGGAUGUCGAAUCACCUCCUUGACUUUGAGCGUGGAGCAGAAAGAGUUGGCCGAGCGACGCAUUGCUGAAGCUGGCUUGACAGACCAUAUUGAAGUGCUCAUCUGCGAUUAUCGAGCACUGCCAAUGCCGAAAGAGGGACCAUAUGACAAGGUUGUGAGCAUUGAAAUGCUGGAAGCUGUCGGCCGGGAGUUUUUGAAGAAGUAUUUUGAAUGCAUUGACAAACUGCUGAAACCUGACGGCGGAAUUGCUGUCUUCCAAUGCAUCACCAUGCCAGAGUCCAGAUACGAAGCGUACGCGAAAGGCGAAGACUUCAUCCGCAAAUACAUCUUUCCGGGCGGCCACCUCCCAACAGUGACGCAGUUGGUAACCUCGAUUGCGGAAGGCAGCAAAGGCUUGCUCGUGGUCGACAGUGUUGAGAAUAUUGGCACCCACUACGCCAGAACCCUGCGUUUGUGGAAGGACAAGUUCCUGCAGAAUUUCGAUGCCGUGAUCCAGCCGGCGCUGAUUGCUGAGCACGAGGGCAUGUCCGAGGCGGAUACUGCACUCUUCAAGCGCAAAUGGGAGUACUACUUCACAUACUGCGAAGCUGGCUUCAACACACGUACCCUUGGCGAUGUUAUUAUCACCGUCUGCAGAGAAGGGGCCAUGGAAAUGGCGGAGGAUAUACCCUUGUGA